AUGCAGGCCCUGAGCUCGAAGGCGUGUGUCAGCAAUGCUGCUGUCUUCACCGGCAAGAGGCAGGGCGCCACCUCGCGGGGGCAGCUGCAGGUCAUGAACGUGUCCAUCAAGGAGGUGCGUGACCGCAUCGGCUCCGUGUCCAACACCAAGAAGAUCACGGAGGCGAUGAAGCUGGUGGCGGCCGCCAAGGUCCGGCGCGCGCAGGAGGCCGUCGUCAAUGGCCGCCCCUUUGCCGAGAACCUGGUCAAGGUGUUGUACGGCGUGAACCAGCGCCUGCGGGUGGAGGACGUGGACUCCCCGCUGGUGGCCCAGCGCCCCGUCAAGUCUGUGGCCCUGGUGGUGGUGUGCGACAUCAACGGCAACUGCGUGGACGCCGCCGACGACGAGGUGUUCAAGCUGACCACCCGCGAGGGGCAGCUGGUGGUGGAGGCGGAGCAGGUCCGCACCGAGACGGCCGACUUUGACGCGGGCCUCAUCUUUGAGCAGGACCCCGUCCAGAUUGUGGACGCGCUGCUGCCGCUGUACAUGAACGCCUCGCUGCUGCGCUCGCUGCAAGAGGCGCUGGCCUCGGAGCUGGCGGCGCGCAUGAACGCCAUGAACAACGCCUCCGACAACGCCGGCGAGCUCAAGCGCAGCCUCACCCUGGUCAUGAACCGCAAGCGCCAGGCCAAGAUUACCACCGAGCUGACUGAGAUUGUGGCGGGCGCCUCGUCCGUGUGA